AAACCACCCCCGAGUUCUAUUGUCGAGCCUCGGUUAUAUACAAAAGACAAGAGAGAAAGAGAGAGCACCUCGACGCCGAGCCGCGCAACUCCCUUGUUUUUUUAUGAAUCUCGACGCUUCACACCUUCAUAAAAAGGAAGAAAGGAAGGAAAGUGUGUCUAUCGAAGGAAAUCGAUGUGAGGCCUAUCGCUGGGCGGAAUCUGGUUUCCUUGAAUAUGAACGUUCGUCAUCACGAGGAGUGAAGUUGGGUCGAAAGCGUCUACCCUGUGUGUUGAUAGGAGCGAAUUAUGAGGGGUGUAUUCGAUUUCCUCGAGGUAAACGCUCAUGGCAGCUCUUGACUAUAGAGUGAUAUAAUUCUCUCACGGGGAGAAAAGAUAAGAAACGGAGAGACAAAGGAGUUGAGAGAGAUGUCGUCGAUAUCUGCGCAAGGAGUCGUUGAGAGAGCUAGCGCUGAGCUGACGAAGAGGAUCAACGGCUUAGGGCUUCGAGCUUCGAAACAUCAUGGUGGUGGAAAAACAAGUGUCAUGGAACGUGUGACAAAUGUUUUUUGUGGUGGAGGAGCCGUGGCUUAUACGAGUCUACAAAGUGCAAAUAAUGCAAAUACAACGCCAGAAAAACCAAAUAGAAGUGUUCCAUUACCUGUGAAUAGUACAAGCAAUAUGGGAAAUAAUAAAGCAUUAACAAAUAAUCGAAUUGAAUCGGCUUCCAAUCGAAUGAGAAUUACAAGAAAUCGAGGAAAAAAUGUUCCACUUGCCGGUGGUGGCACUGGAGGAUAUACAUCACCUUGCACUUGGGAACAACUUAUACAAGACGAUCAUUUUUUGAGUCGAUUUUUUCUAUAUUUCAAUGCUACUGAAAGAAGAAUUCUAGCUCAGGUUUGUACUCGAUGGCGUGAUGUUUUGUACGCGAGACCAAGACUUUGGGCUGGAUUGGUACCAGUUGUAAGAUGUCGAGAAGCUCGUGCAAUGGCAUCAAGUUCACGUGCUCGACUUUAUGCAUCUUUAGUUCGGAGAGGCUUCCAUUCUCUCGUAUUAUUAGGAGCCUCAGAUGAGGAUAUUCCAGAAUUAACGCACGGUUUUCCUUUAGCACAAAGACACGUUCACUCGUUAUCAUUACGCUGUUGUGCAGUCACUGAUAGAGGUUUAGAAGCACUUCUCGAUCAUUUGCAGGCUUUAUUUGAAUUGGAACUUGCCGGAUGUAAUGAAAUAACAGAAGCUGGUCUCUGGGCUUGUUUAACGCCAAGGAUAGUUUCAUUAUCAUUAUCCGAUUGUAUUAAUGUAGCAGAUGAAGCGGUGGGUGCUGUUGCACAACUUUUGCCAAGCCUUUAUGAAUUUUCCCUGCAAGCUUAUCACGUAACAGACGCUGCACUCGGAUAUUUCAGCGCCAAGCAAAGUACAUCUCUCAAUAUUCUAAGGCUUCAAAGUUGUUGGGAACUUACUAAUCACGGUGUCGUUAAUAUCGUGCAUUCGUUGCCAAACUUGACUGUUUUAUCACUAUCGGGAUGUAGCAAGGUAACGGACGAUGGAGUUGAAUUAAUAGCAGAAAACUUGCCAAGACUUCGUUCGCUAGAUUUGAGUUGGUGUUCAAGAAUCACUGAUGCAGCUUUGGAGUACAUUGCCUGUGACUUGAAUCACUUGGAGGAACUCACAUUGGAUAGGUGUGUUCAUGUAACUGAUAUUGGAGUUGGAUAUAUUUCAACAAUGGGUUCUUUAAGUGCAUUGUUCUUAAGAUGGUGUUCUCAGCUUAGAGACUUUGGUCUUCAACAUUUGUGCGGAAUGCGUUCUCUACAAGUUCUCUCUGUUGCUGGAUGUCCAUUGUUAUCAAGUAGCGGUUUAUCAAGUCUAAUUCAAUUAAGGCAUCUUCAUGAAUUAGAAUUGACCAAUUGUCCAGGAACAUCAAGAGAACUUUUUGAUUAUUUACGAGAACAUUUGCCACGUUGUUUAAUAAUCGAGUAAACAAAAUGAAAAUUAGACUCAAGAAAAGACUUUGACUUUUGCGUUUAUUUUUAAAAAGCGUCUCUCUUUUCAUCAUACAAAAAGAGUAUAAAGAUUCGUUCGGAAAUUAAAAAAAGAAAAGAAAAGUACAAAAGUGCAAAAGCUUCAAGACAAAUUUUAACGCAUAUAGUAAUUAGAGAAAAAUGACUUGCCGUGACCGAUUUAAAAAAAAAAAACGUCCACGCGAGAAAUCCAAUAAAAAAAACUAUUCAAUAUACAAAACAAAAGAAAUAAAUUUAGCUUUUGACAGUGUGUGAAAUAACACGAUUUUAAAAGUAGUUGAUAGUUAUUUUUCACAAACGUGCAAUUAUUCUAAUUUUUUUUUUAUCAUUGUAUCGUAUAUAUAAUAAUAUUUAUUUCGAUUGAGUAUAGAAUUUAUCUCGUGUGCUCCCAAGUAUUAAAAUAAUCUUAUUGGAAAAUUUCAAAUGAAAUUUAUUUAUUAAAAAAUUCAUGAUGAAGCAAGUAUACCAUUAAUUAAAUUAUUGGAAAAUCAUAGAAGAUAAAUAUUUAAUUUAAUCAUUAAUUGUGCAGUGUGAUGACCACUAUUUAGAAUCUGUGAUAAAUCUAGUUUUUUGUUUUUUUACUUUUUUGGUUAUUCAUAUUUUAUUUCUUUGGAUAUUGUUUAUAUUAUAGUUUUAUUUAGUUUUGUUGUAAACUGAUGCUCAUCCCUCCAUUAUCGUUAUGUCAUUUAAUCAUGCUAGUCAAGUAGCUUGCUUAUGAGCGGCAAUCUAGGAACAUAAUACCAAGAGAGAGAGAGAAAGAAAAAAAAAACACACAUUCCAAAGCAUGUUAAAUAUAAUCUUGUAAAGCGGUCUUUGUUUUUAUCGUCAGUUUGAACUUCACGAUUGUUAACCAUAGAUAUAGAGUGAAUCUAACAAUAAUUAUUUUGUUGCCUGCGUUUUCAUAUAUUUGUACAAAUUUUUGAAUGACGUUCUGUACCAAAUUUAUACAUAUAUAAUAUAUAUAUAUAUAUUUAAGCUUAAUUUUAGAAAAUACAUAGUUGCACUUAAAGACGAUAAAAAUAAGGAACGCGCUCAUAAUCCUAGAUGUUUUACAUGGUCGAUCUGACAAUACACGACUUGUAUUCAAGAAAAAAAAAUGACUUAACAUUGAUGCUUAUUAAUAAUUGCAUUUGUCAUUUUAUAUAUGUAAAAUUCAUAAUCGUAUAUGGGAAUUCAAAAUUUAAUUCACAUUAUUCAUUGUGCUCGAUUUUCAAUCAAAUCGAAUUUAAAAACACUAAAAUUUUGUUUUCUUUUUUUUUUAAACUUAAUGGAAAUUUGAAUUCCCAUGGACUUAAGGUAGUUGUCAUUACGAAAAUCGCAGUAAAAAAAGUUUCAUAUCAAAAAGAAAGAGAUUUUAAAAAAUAAAAAUUUUUUUUUUUGAAAUAAAAAUUACUUUCUUUAAAAUCUUUUCAAUUUUUGAGAGUAAACUUUCAACAUUCACAAACUACCUUAAAUUUUUAUCUUCUUAGUGUUCUGUAACCUUAAGAUAUUUCCGUACUGAAUUUUUUUUUCACGACUAUAUCAUUCUAGGCGUUAGCAAAAAAAAACACGCGAGAUUAUAAAUAAUAUCGAUAAAUAUAUUAUUUUGUGUGUGAAAGUUGUUAAUAAUUUUAAUAAAUCAUAAAAUCGAUGAGUGUUCUUAACUUCAAGAUGUUUUUGUUUGCAAGUUUUUUGUCAUUCUAAAAAAAAAAGAGACUUGGCAUCCAGAAUUUCAUGGACAAAAAUAUUGACUUUGAUGUAGUCAAACGUGUUCGGGAGCGCGAUUGCAAUUUUCGAGGAUUACAAGAAAAAAACAAUGUCCUUUGUAAAUACUGUACAAAACAUUGCCGAACACAUUUCGUUUAAUGAUACAAAAAAAGAAAUGAAAAAAAAAAAAAAAAAAACAAAAGUUACACCCGUUUAUAUGGGAUAUCAUGCCGCAUUGUGACUCUAUUUCGAAGAGUAAUUAGUUUUAAGAACGAGCAGUUAAUGAGACAGAAAUACGUAAGAAAUAAAGACGUGAUUAAUGA